CCUUGCAACAAAAAAAUGAUGCAAUCAUUCAUUUGAAAUACAUUUGGGACAGACUAUGUAGUUUAAACCCUACUGGCAAUAUGUGCACAACUCCGAACUCCUCCAAAACUCAAAUGGAAAAUUAUUUUUUUGAUGAAGAAGACGCAUUGUUGGAGGCAUACCUAUCGCAAGGGGUUCAAACGGAAGGAAACAGUACUAUGGAUGUUUAUUCCAAAAUUGAAAAUCUCCAGCUUCCAUAUCAAAGGCUUGACACUGACGUAUUAACUUACUGGAAGGAAAAGCAGUACACAGAUCAGGAGUUAUACGCCAUAAGUAAUGUUUGUUAUGCUGUACCACCAACUCAGGUAUCAAUCGAACGAGCAUUCUCCGCGCUCAGACUGGUGCUUACUGACUACCGCAACCGCUUAAGCCAGGAUGUUCUUGAGAACAUAUUAUUGGUCAAACUAAAUCCCAGUUUUUUGGACCAUGCCAUCGACACCUUGCCUCUUUUUGAAGAUGAAGAUGAAUAAUUUAAAAUUAUAAUGUUUUUUUUAAUAUACAUAUG